GGUAUUCUCAUCUUUUCUGUGUGUUUCACCAUCGGUACUCUUUACCAGCAGUUGUUUAAUUAAUUUGUAAUAGAGAAGACUCAGUAGGAGAAAAUGUCAAAUCUAAAAAUGAAAGAGGCCGCCCUUAUCUAUCUUGACAGAAGUGGAGGCCUCCAAAAGUUUAUAGAUGAUUGCAAGUUCUACAAUGAUUCAAAACAAAGUUAUGCAGUCUAUCGAUUCAGUAUUUUAAUAAAUCCCUCUGAUAUUGUUGAACUGGAUGCUGAACUUGGAAAUUACAUUUUACACCAGCCACUAAAAGCUGCUCAAGUUUUUCAAUCUGUCUGUUUUAUUGCUGUUAAGACUCUUUCACUAAUUGGACAAUUACAGACUGAAGCUCAAAUUAAUAUAGUGCUGAAGUUAACACAUUUACCUCCUCUGCGAAGUUAUAGUCUUGAUCUUUGUGAAUUUCCACUUGAUUAUGCAUCUCAAAGAUUUUAUAUGAUGCAAGGUAUUGUGAUUGCAAUGACAACUGUAACCAAGUACACACAAGGUGCAAGAUUUCUUUGUUCAGAUGAAGCAUGCCCUCUGUCGAAAGGAUUUGAGUAUAUAAGAGUGCAUGUGCCUGGUGCUACUGAAUCUGCAACAGUAAGAAAUGACUUUUUGUGUAAUCUGUGUUCAUCUUCACUUCAAGAAGACAGAAAAUUUAGAGUACUUGGUGAUAAACAGAUAGUUGAAAUAAUCACAGCAAAGGCACUUCAUGCUUUUCAAGGAUAUUCCAAUAACCAGCCAUUUAGGUUUCAAUCUCUUACAAUUUUUCUAAGGGAUGAAUCUGUGAGUAAAAUGAAUAUAGGAAAUGAGUAUAAAAUUAUUGGAAUUCCAACCUGUGUAAGAACUUCACAAACUGCUGUCUGUAUAGAGGCAAACAGUAUCAUUUCUUGUAAUCCAGAAGUUCCUUCAGGAAUAAGCGACAAUUUUAGGUAUCUCCUCUCUUUGACUUCCAGCUCAUGCUGGAAAUUUACAGCGAUACUUGCCAAUAUCUUUGCAUCACAAAUUGUUCCUCCUGGGACUUACAAUUUGCUCAAGCUAUGUUUGCUGAUGAGUCUAGUACAGACAAGUGACCGUAACAAGGAACUGAAAGAUUGCCUGGAUAUUUUAAUCAUGACAAGUGAUACUCUACUUGUAGACAGGCUUUUGAAUUUUAGUAUAAAACUUGUGCCUCGUGGCAUACGUCAUCCAGUCUCUACUGAAAUUUUUCCUACUCUAUCCAGGAAUAAGUAUGGAACUGGAGCAGUUAGUAUUCAAGCUGGCAGUGCUUUGCUAGCUAAAGGUGGUAUCUGCUUUAUAGGAGACUUGGCUUCACACAAAAAAGAUAAACUAGAACAGCUUCAAUCAGUUGUGGAAAGCAGAAGCAUCACAGUAUACAUCCCAGGAAAGAAGUUUGGGGAUGAUAUUAAUCAACAAAUGACUUUUCCAGUUCAGUGCAGUUUUUGGUCUUUUGUUGAUAUGGAUUCAUCUUCAAGGAGAAAUAUGCAGAAAACCAACACUCUCAUUGGUCGGAUGGAUUGCAGUUUGAUUCCAGCUAAUCUUGUAGAGGCGUUUGGAUUAUUGAUUAACUGCAAUGAAUCAUCUUCUUGCUACCCACUUAUUUCUACUGUGCAACACACUUUAAAGAAAGCCAUCGAUCCUGAAGAGCUCCUUUAUGUAGCUUCUAAGAAGUUCACAACUGAAGAUUUUGAAAAGCUGCUGGCUUUUGCAAAGAAUUUGAAUGUAGAAUUCAGUUUGGAGGCAGAAAGAAUGAUCCAUGGCUAUUAUCUAGCAAGUCGCAGAAUCAGAACAGAUUCUAUAAGUGGAUCAAAACUGUCAGCAUCUGCAUUAAAAUAUUUAGUUUCCCUAGCUGAAGCGCAUGCUCGACUGAACUUAAGGAAUAGAGUGCUUAAAGAAGAUGUACUAAUUGCAGCCUUAUUGUUUGAAACAUCUCUCACACUGAAAUAUGGGGCCACUGUAUUUUGUGUUGCUCCAAAUGCAGUAUUUCCAUUUGAAUUGUAUAAUGAAGAAUAUUUGGAGCAAAGGGAUAUCUAUUUGAAUCAAUGCCAACAGCAGCUCCAACAGUUUAUUGCCACAUAUGGACCUGGGACAGCUAUUUUCACGAGUGAUGAAUAG